AUGGCUCUUGUUAAUUGGUUAGGAGCUGCGAUUGCUUGGGAAGCAGAGAAGACACUAGUGAUUGAAGAGGUAGAAGUAGCGCCUCCACAGGCCGGAGAAGUGCGUCUAAAAAUCCUCUUCACGUCCCUUUGUCAUAGUGACCUUUCCUUCUGGGAAGCCAAGGGACAGACGCCAAUGUUCCCCCGUAUAUUUGGUCACGAAGCAGCAGGGAUAGUGGAGAGUAUAGGGGAGGGCGUGACUAAUCUGAAACCGGGAGACCAUGCUGUGCCUGUAUUCACUGGCGAGUGUGGAGAAUGCCGGCAUUGUAAGUCGGAAGAGAGCAACAUGUGUGACCUUCUUGUAGUAAACCCGGAUCGAGGUGUUAUGAUCAAUGACGGCAAAUCCAGGUUUUGUUCUCUAAGAAUUAAUGUACAGCCCAUUUAUCAUUUUCUCGGGACCUCUACGUUCAGCGAAUACACCGUUGUCCAUGCUGGACGUGUUGCUGACAUCAAGCCUGCUGCCCCUCUUGACAAAGUUUGUCUCCUCAGUUGUGGAUUCUGCACAGGUUUCGGUGCUACUGUGAAUGUUGCAAAACCAAAGCCUGGUUCCUCUAUUGCUAUCUUCGGACUUGGAGCUGUUGGCCUCGCUGCUGCUGAAGGGGCAAGGCUUUCUGGUGCAUCUAGAAUCAUUGGAGUUGACUUGAAUUCCAGCCGUUUUGAGCAAGCCAAAAAAUUUGGGGUUAACGAGUUUGUGAACCCAAAAGAUCAUGACAGGUCUGUGCAUGAAGUAUAUAGAAACUAUUUAAUUGAGAUGACUAAUGGAGGUGUGGAUCGUGCGAUUGAAUGCUCAGGGAGCAUCCAAGCCAUGACGUCAGCAUUUGAAUGCGUCCAUCAUGGUUGGGGUGUUGCUGUACUGGUUGGACUGCCAAGAAAGGAUGAUGCAUUCAAAACUCAUCCAAUGAACUUAUUGUUUUCUCUAACUUUGAAGGGAACCUGUUAUGGCAACUUGAAGCCCCGAUCCGAUCUUCCUUCUACUGUGGAGAAAUACAUGAAAGGGGAGCUGGAAUUAGAGAAGUUCAUCAGCCAUUAUGUGCCAUUCUCAGAGAUUAACAAAGCCUUUGAAUACAUGUUGAAGGGGGAAUCCAUCAGAUGCAUCAUUUGUAUGCAAGAUUAA